GGUCACGCCCCCCACGUGACGCCCGGGCGCUAUAAAUAGCCGCAGGCGGCGGUGGCGGCAGCGCCUGGAGCCGGCUCCGCGGCGGAGGGGCGGCGCCCCGACCCGGGCCCAGCACCGUGGGCACCGCCCGGCCGGCGCGUAUGGAGGCGGCGGGACGCCUGCGGCGCGGGUGAGCCUGGCAGGUGCUGUGUGCUGCAGACCCGCCUGGGGUUCAUGGAGUGGGCCACGGGGCCCAGCCCUGAGCACUGCUGCACUGAGGGUCACUGCGCCUGCUGCUGAGGGGUCCCCGCGCCGCUGGCUCUCACCAUUGCCCUCGCCUGCCGAUGGCCUCUGCUGCCCAGCCUGGGGCCAGCUCUACCGCCUGAGCCCCCUGCCCCACUCCAGGACUCACCGUACCCCGAUGGGGUAACGUGACACAGGCCCCGCACGUCAGAGGCUGCUGUCCCCACGGCUGCUGCCCGUGACCCCGGGCCCAAGGCUGCUGGAGUUGGUUCAGUUCAAGUUCAUUCUUCCUCUGGCCCUUGGGGGCUUGGGGCCCACCUCUGAGUGAAGGGGGCUGUCUGCCCAUCCACCGAUGCGGAGAGGGCGCCCCCAGCGUGGGGUCCAGCUCUGGACACUGCUUGGCGGCCGGGUUCACUUUGGGUUUUUAAGUUUUCUUUGCUGAGCUGUUUUGGUUGUUCUUUUUAUUUUUUGCCUCUUUAUGACUAUCCAGCUCUGAGAGACGGGAGUUUGGAGUUGCCCGCUUUACUUUGGUUGGGUGGGGGGGGGGGGGGGCGGGCUGUUUUGUUCCUUUUCUUUUUUAAGAGUUGGGUUUUCUUUUUUAAUUAUCCAAACACUGGGCAGCUUCCUCCCCCACACCCAAGUAUUUGCACAAUAUUUGUGCGGGGUAUGGGGGUGGGUUUUUAAAUCUCAUUUCUCUUGGACAAGCACAGGGAUCUCGUUCUCCUCAUUUUUUGGGGGUGUGUGGGGACUUCUCAGGUCGUGUCCCCAGCCUUCUCUGUAGCCCCUUCUGCCCUGCCGGGCCUAUCGGGAGGCGCCAUGGCUCGGAUGAACCGCCCGGCCCCAGUGGAGGUGAGCUACAAACACAUGCGCUUCCUCAUCACCCACAACCCCACCAACGCCACGCUCAGCACCUUCAUUGAGGACCUGAAGAAGUACGGGGCUACCACCGUGGUGCGCGUGUGUGAAGUGACCUAUGACAAAACACCGCUGGAGAAGGACGGCAUCACUGUUGUGGACUGGCCGUUUGACGACGGGGCGCCCCCGCCCGGCAAGGUAGUGGACGACUGGCUGAGCCUGGUGAAGGCCAAGUUCUGUGAGGCCCCCGGCAGCUGCGUGGCUGUGCACUGCGUGGCGGGCCUGGGCCGGGCUCCAGUCCUUGUGGCGCUGGCCCUUAUUGAGAGCGGGAUGAAGUACGAGGACGCCAUCCAGUUCAUCCGCCAGAAGCGCCGCGGAGCCAUCAACAGCAAGCAGCUCACCUACCUGGAGAAAUACCGGCCCAAACAGAGGCUGCGGUUCAAAGACCCGCACACGCACAAGACCCGGUGCUGCGUCAUGUAGCUCAGGACCUUGGCUGGGCCUGGUCGUCAUGUAGGUCAGGACCUUGGCUGGACCUGGUGGCCCUGCCCAGCCCUGCUCUGCCCAGCCCAGCCCAGCCCAGCCCAGCAGGGGCUCCAGGCCUUGGCUGGCCCCACAUCGCCUUUUCCUCCCCGACUCCUCCGUGCACUUGUGUCCGAGGAGCCCCUCGGGCCCCGUGUGGCCUCUGGGCCCUUUCUCCUUUCUCUGCCGCUCCCUCUGGCGGCGCUGGCCGUGGCUCUGUCUCUCCGAGGUGGGUCGGGCGCCCUCUUCCCUGGACCCCCUGCCCGCCCCCUCCCACACCAGCCAGGCCGGUCUCCUCUAGCCUGUUUGUUGCGGGGUGGGGAUAUAUUUUGUAACCACCGGGCCCCCAGCCCCUCUUCUGCGACCCCUUGCCCUGACCUGUUCUCGGCACCUUAAAUUAUUAGACCCCGGGGCAGUCAGGUGCUCCGGACACUCGAAGGCAAUAAAACAGGAGCCGUG